CGGCUCAAUAUGUUUGAAAAUCUGAUGUACUGUGUUUUUGAUUCCGACUGCUAAUUAAUAUAUAUUGUCACACUAUUCUUUAAAUCAAGCUGUAGGGUUUUGUUGUAUUUUGUACUUCGGUCCGCUAUUUGGGGGGAACAGAUCUGCACGCAGGACGAUCGGAUUAUUUCUCUUCGCUAAGAAUUUCAUCCAUUUUGUAGAAAUUGGUUUAUGGGACGAUGGACGUCGAGAAAUCUUCCCUAUGUAAUUGUGUGGUGAAUUUUUUAUUGGAAGAGAAUUAUUUGCUGACUGCAUUCGAAUUGUUGCACGAGCUCCUGGAAGAUGGUCGGGAGUCCCAAGCGAUUAGGCUUAAGGAUUUCUUUGCCGAUACAAACAAGUUUCCCCCGGAUCACAUCUCUUCAUUGCAUAAUUUGCGACUUUUGGAUCCACAAAGUUUGCUGGAGGAGAAGGAAGCAGCAGAUGAAAAAGCUGCAAUUACUCAAUAUGAACUGCGUUUAGCUCAAGAGGAUAUCAUGAAACUGAAGAUCGAGCUGGAGAAAAGGGUAGCAGCUUUCUCCACUGGAGAUUUAGAUGUUUCACAGAAAGCUGCUCGACAUACCAUAGUACCGGUAUGCAAGCAACCCUCUUAUGCAUUAUGCAACAGCUAUACCUCGGCUUCUCAAGACAGUAAGCACACGGCUACACAUGACAGCGUAUUCACAGUAAUAUAUGAUAUUUCAGGUGAAUCUCAUGGAUUGCUUAGAACAGAAAGAUUAUCCUGUCAGCAAUUAGAACAAAAGAACAACUUUUCAAAUUUGGGUCCUCUUAAGGACAAUGAAAGACGAGAUCUAAACUGUGCUGUCAAGGAAUACUUGCUCUCUGCAGGUUACAAACUUACUACGAUGACUUUCUAUGAAGAGAUCAGGACCUUAAUGUCUGGGGCAGUGGAGCAGGCUCUGUGCCAGAUGCAUUGCGCCGAUAUUACCUUCAAUAUAUGUCAUCAAGUGCAGAUGCAGGAGAGGUACUUGUUAGACUGCAAAUCAAGGAAAUAUUCAGAAAUCUCAAACCUGAUGUACGUGUUUGUCCUUCAUGACCAACCUGAUCAGUCUAGGGUUUCUACAGAUUUCAUUUAACUUCUGCAUCGUAUU